GGCGGAUGAAGCUUCUUUUAGUCCAUUUUUUCGUCCACCUAGUCGUUCUGUUAUUUCUGUUUGAAGCAUUGCUUUUUUGCCCAUGUUACAAUGGAAACCGUCUUGAUACAACAGACCAACUGGGUUCCGUUAAUAUUAGCUACCACAUGUUUGCUGGUGGUGGUCAUAGCUGUCGUCACUCAUUAUUGUAACGUCAAAGUUCAGCCCUGGUACGUUUCCGUCGUAUGCGUCAUUGGAUGGUUCUUCCCUUUCUGGAUCGUCCUCCUCCUACCCCUCGACCUCGCUUCCACGAUGUACGAUCAAUGUGCAGGCGAGUGUAAAGUCCCGUUCACACAUGUCUCCAUGUCAUUUCUCAGUACCGCUUGGCGCACGAUCUAUUGGACAUCCUUUUGCCUUACCUGGAUGAUGAUUCCCAUGAUGCAAGCCUAUGUCAACACCGGCGAUUUUACAGUUGUCAAACGGAUUCGAGCCGCCUUUCAUGUCAAUAUUCGAUUCUACAUGAUCUACGUUGUUGUUGGAUUCAUUGGUUUGGUGUAUCUGAUUUUCGGCAGUGGAUAUACAACUAGAGAAAAGAUUCAAGGUUUUGUCAUGGCCAUGGCCAACAGCUGGGGUUUGCUAUUGGUAAUUGUAUUUAUGGGCUAUGGUCUCGUCGCUGUUCCACGAAAACUGUGGUUCCACGAUCAUGCCGGCCGUCACCUAAAGCAACUCUAUGCGAACGCGGUGCGUCUCAAGGAGGAAUGUAUUGAUAGCGAGCUAGAGUUUAACGAGGUUGCCAAGACCAUGAAUACGAUAUCGCAGCAAAACCUCGUGAGUGAUCCAUACAUGCGAAAACUCGUCGAGAAAAUGGUGCACCGAUUUCCUUUUGUGCUUCAUCCAGAUUACGUCGAUCGGGAUCGAAGUAUCACGAUUCCUCGCACCAUGACCGAGGAAUACUUGAUCAAACUAAACCGACGCAUGAUUCUUGCCGCUCGCAUGAAAGACAGAAAGCUCGCGUUGUGGAAAAAUUUAUUGAAUGAAGCAUUCUAUCUUCAAGACAUCAUCAAGAACAAAUCCAACUUGGUCCACGAAUUUCACACCACGGUGCGUCCACUUCAAGACGCCACUACUUGGAAUAACUUUAAAUCACGAUCGGAGUGGUGGUGGGUGAUACGGAUUCGCCCCAUCGUUUACCGUGUCUUGGCCGUUCUUCUUGGCACCGUCAGUGUGUGCAUUCUCUGGUCCGAGUUGACCUUUAACGUCCAGAAUCCGGUCAUUUCCAUUGUAUCCCUCGCACUCAAAGCAUGCGGCGGAAAUUAUGCUGCGGUAGAGAUCAUGGCCUUCCUCACAUUGAUGUAUAUGUGCAUCUGCGUGUACACAUCGCUGUUCAAGAUUCGUUUCUUCAACCUUUAUAUCCUCAUUCCCAACCAUCACACUGAUGAAAACAGUCUGCUGUGGUUCACAGGAUACAUGUGUAAAAUGAUGGCCCCUCUGUGCUAUAAUUACAUCAACUUGUCAGGCAAUGUUGCCAGUACAAACUCAUCCAUUUUCAGUCAGUUUAUGGGUCACGCUGAACUGAUCCCGUUUCUGGGAACGACUUUCAAUGAUUGGUUUCCUAUUGUCAUCCUGAUGCCUGCUUUGGCGGUCUUUUUUAAUCUGCAGGGACGAUGUCUUGCUUGGUGCGGCGUGAAAGAUAUCUAUGAUGAUGACGAUGACCACGAUGCUGAGGCGGGUCAGGCUCAAGGAACCAUUCGUCUCGAUGCCGACGCCGCCGACGGACGAGCCUUGAUUGAUGAAGAACGCAAGCGAGUUGAGCAAGCCCUGAAUCCCGAAAUCGGCCUUCAAAGAGGCCUGCUAAGUCGAGCCCGCAGCGCAUUGGGGGCUUAUACCAACAAAUACGGACGCCCGGCUUCACCGCCAUUGAACGGCGAUCUUCCUUCGCGAGCAUCCAGCUCACAUUAUACCCCACUCAAUGCCUCUCUACGACACGAACGUGAUCGUCGCAUUGAUGAGAUUUUGUCCGGACGCGCACCACCGACAUCCUCUUUGGGAAGCGCAGCCAGUUCGAUCAUAUCGGGAGAUGAAAACAGUGAUGCGGAGCUCCGUUCAGCACCACCUAACAGCAACAAUAGCAAUCCUUUGGCAUCGUUUGGCGACGCCGUCAAAGUCCGUCUGGGCAAUUUAUUUUCAAAAAACAAUGGACAACCAGCAAAUCAAAGGUCACCUGGAGAUGGAUCCACCGCAAGGCCUCGAUCGCAAGAUUAUCAGUCGGUUCCGACUUCUCAAGGGAACCGAGGGCAACGUGUGUUAGGCACCGUCGCCACCGUUUCAAGUGCAUCUGGGUUACCGGAUGAAGCUCGUUCCAGAUCGCCUUCACCCAAUCCAUUUCUUCGACACUCCUCCGUCUCGCAUGGUCAGCGGUCGGCGCUGGGGAAAAAUAGCAGUGCUGUAUCGCCCUUUGCAAGAUUCGAAGACUACCAAGCACCAUCCCCUUCUAAUAUUUUUGAAAAUUCCUAGAACCGCCAAAACAAAAUCACCCGCUCUAUUUCCCCUUACUACAGUAGAUGGAUUUUUUCUUCAAUGUAUUUGUAUACAAAAACUAUGAUUGUCAUAAAACACUUUUGGACAGCGACACUCUAGUCGCGUUUCUUCCAGCAUAGAUGGCACAAAAGCCGCCCAAAGAAUGAGCUCAUACCUUGAACCCAUAAAAUAACAACACAUAUGUAAAUGAUGUGCAAUACAUAUCACCUGCUGUGGUUGGCAGUCCCUGUCUAUGCGAUACGGUACUCUAUGUUUUACAAAAAAAAAGAGGGUCCCACAUUAUCGUCCAUGCUUACGAAAGAUGUAAAGACUUUAUCCGGACUGAAUCUGAAUAGAAAGAUUUUUUGUCUGAC